AAGUAGAUCAAGACGAAUAUUCGUGUUACAGUUUGUACUGAAAAUUUGUUUCUCAUCCGCCGUUGAUGAUACAAAAAAGAUGGCAUUCACAAAAUUAUUUGUUUUGACACUGGUAAUCGCUAUUAAUCUGCAGGAAAUUUAUGGACACGGAAUGAUGAUGGACCCUGUAAAUAGAAGUAGUGCAUGGAGAAAAGGCUUUCCCGUAGAACCCAACUAUACUGAUAAUGAGCACUUUUGCGGUGGAUAUGGUAUUCAACACGGGAAAAAUGGUGGCAAAUGCGGAGAAUGCGGUGACAAUUAUGCUUUACCUCGACCACGGCCAAACGAAAAUGGCGGCAUCUACGGAUCAGGCGUCAUCGUUCAAAAGUACAAUGAAGGUUCUGCCAUCGAUGUUACUGUUCGCCUCACCGCUGCCCACUUGGGUCACUUUGAAUUCCACCUUUGUCCACUGAAAACGGAAAAAGAAUUAGAAACCGAUGAAUGCUUCUAUAAGUAUCCCUUACCACUGGCUGAUGGCAGCGGCUUUAAAUAUCCCAUUACUACCUACGGUGGGAAAGAAUAUAUUAUCAGCCUGGUUCUACCAAAGGGUGUCACAUGUAAACAAUGUGUGCUCAGAUGGCAUUAUCGCACCGGAAACACCUGGGGCACUUGUGAGAAUGGAAAAAAAGGCAUGGGUUGUGGCCCCCAGGAAUCAUUCAGAAGCUGCGCUGAUGUCUCUAUCUCAAAUUAAUUUAUCACGGACUUUAAAUCAAAUCUAUCGGAUUAUGUUAUUUCAAAAAUAUUGACUUAUGCUUGUAAGAAUUUUUGUAUAAAGAAAUUAAAUUUUUCAGUUGCUGAGAAAAAUCUUUAAUCUAAUCAAAAUCUGAUAGAAUAAAUAAGGAAAGUGGUAAAAGUAACAUAUUUGGAUUCAAAUAGAGUAGAUUUUCUUUGCUCCUAAAACUCAAUUUCAGAAAAUUGAUAAGAAAUAUUUAAAAGUCUAAUUUACUUUUCAAUAAUUCAAGAAGUUGAAUUUAUUUGCAUAUUUGAAGCCUAAUCUGCAUAUUAUUUAAAAAAUAUAUAACUUUUUUAUUUUAGAAGCUGCAAUUUAUUUUACUACAUAUUUCAAUAGUACAUGCAUAUGUUGUAUUUGAAAAAAAAGAGGAAGAAUAAUAAGUCAUUAAUCUCCUAAUAAAAACCGUAUAUUUUAUUUGUAACAGCA